UGCAAACCGCGUUCCACUCUCCCGUCGGAGCAAAACGACUCUGACCUGACCUCCUCCUCCUCCACCACCACAAACCACCGUCUCUCUCUCUCUCUCUCUCUCUCUCUCUCUCUCUCCGCCUCCACCUCCUCCAUGCCUCUCUUCCUCCUCUUCCGCUUCCCCUCCGUGGCUCCCGAAUCCCCCCAAGUCCUGAAGCCCGCGCAUUCCGUCAUUUGAUCAACCACCACCCCCGCCGUGGCUUUCGCGCACAAUGAUCGGCUCGUAAUGCGCUGGCUCCAGAACAUCUCAUUGUCCAGCUCUGCCGCCAAGCAGCCGUCCCCGGGAUCAGCCUCCCCGUCGCCCACCGGGAAGGAACGCCGCGGGGCCGAGCGCUUCGGGCGGAGGCUCACGCGCCAGAUGAACCUGCGGUACCUGAGCGACCAGGAAAUGGACGGGGCGCUCCAGUUGCCUCCUCUGUCCCCCGACGGGAGCUCGCCGGCGACCGCCGUGGUGGCGCAUCCCCUCCCGCUUCCGGAGUUGGCGCUGCUGCUCCGCCAGAAGGAGGGAAUUUCGGGCUCGGUCUCGGAGGCAGGAGAUUGUCCGCUUCCGUCGCCGGAGGAGGCCGGCAUUAUUAGGGACAGAGAAGGCGAUGCAUGCGGUGACGGACCUGCGCCUGCCGCUCCUGUUGGCUGCGCUCUUGCGUACCAGAAUGGAAAUGAGGUUGUUGAGAAUGUCGAUGUGGGGCCAUCUAUGGCAGUUUGUUUGGCUGGAAAAGGUGUAGAAAGAUCUGGAGACAAUUUCAGGCUCAAUGUGCCUGCUAGGAGUGUCCCCACUAGCCCUUUCACAAGUCCUGCAUUUAGCCCACAAAGAACAUCACUUGGUGAUCUCUUACCAUACCAUUGCCUAACUACAAGAGGAAAUAAUAUAUGGUCUGCACCUGAGAUGCCAACCGGUUUGCCUUCUCCAUCAUUCUUGGAGCACAAUGGCUCACCCCUUCUGAGUCCUCAAACAAAAAAUCCUCAUCGAACUUCUAAAAGUUUAUGUGGAUCAGCAUCGCCAAUGCAUCACAAGUCAUUGGUUGAAAACUCUACAGCUUGGCGUGAAAGUAAUGUUCAAGCUGGUGUCCACCCUUUACCUCGUCCUCCUGGAGCAGCUUUGCCUUCAAAUUCACCUCCCAAUGCUCAAGUCACUGUAAAAACAGAGUCCUUGCCACUAAAGAGUCAAUGGCAAAAAGGAAGGCUUAUUGGACGUGGCACAUUUGGAAGUGUUUAUGUUGCUAGCAAUCGAGAAACUGGGGCUCUCUGUGCAAUGAAAGAAGUUGAAUUAUUGCCUGAUGAUCCAAAAUCUGCCGAGUGCAUGCGGCAGUUAGAGCAGGAAAUUAAAGUGCUCAGCCGGCUUAAGCAUCCAAAUAUCGUGCAGUAUUAUGGCAGUGAAAUUGUUGAGGAUCGGUUUUAUAUAUAUCUUGAGUAUGUUCAUCCUGGUUCCAUCAACAAAUAUGUCCGGGAUCAUUGUGGGGCCAUAACAGAAUCAGUUGUGCGCAAUUUUACUCGCCACAUUCUGUCUGGAUUGGCUUACUUACAUAGUAAGAAGACAAUACAUAGGGACAUCAAGGGGGCUAAUUUACUUGUGGAUGCAUCUGGAAUUGUCAAACUUGCUGACUUUGGGAUGGCUAAGCACCUAACUGGACAAACAGCUGAUCUCUCUUUAAAGGGAAGCCCAUAUUGGAUGGCUCCAGAGCUCAUACAGGCCGUGAUGCAGAAAGAUAAUGGCUCCGAUCAUGCUCUUGCUGUUGAUAUAUGGAGUUUGGGAUGCACUAUUGUCGAAAUGCUAACUGGGAAACCUCCUUGGAGUGAGUUUGAGGGGGUUGCAGCUAUGUUUAAAGCUAUGAAUAAUUCUCCGUCAAUACCUGAAACAUUGUCAUCUGAGGGAAAGGAUUUCCUGCAACACUGCUUUCGAAGGGAUCCAGCUGAAAGGCCUUCAGCAGCCAUGCUACUUGAACAUCCUUUCCUCAAAAGUUCACAGCAGAUAGAUAUCCCAUCUCAUACUCAAGCGCUGAGCAGAAAAUCUCUGGAUUUAUCACAGAGCCCACGAGAGCAUAUCAAGCGUACUGUUGACAAGCUGCCCAUCUUGCCAACAGCUGCACAAAGUACAGCUCUUAAGGCGGUCAUUGACAGUGAGGGUGGCCGACAAUCUCAUGUUGAGACUUCUGACUUGACACUAGUGUCCCGUUAUUCUCCUCGUUCUAUCCUUGAGGUGCUUCCCACUUUGUCUCCUCCUCAUUCAGAUCGAACAACGAACUAUCCCAGUCCACCUUCUAAUCGUCCUAGCUCAGUCAAAAGCGGCACUAAAAAGAAUCGACUUUCCAGAUGAUUUCUUUGGGGAGAGCUGCCCCAAUUUUGCUGCAGGUUGUGCUCUUAAUUAGGCUCUAAUGUAUGUGGACUCUGCGCAUGCAGCGCAAGUAGAUCGCAAGCAGCUCAAAGUUUUAUUUGUAGCUUCCUUGUCUCGUUCUAGAAUCAUUGCCUCCUGAAGCCGUAGAUGCUUCCUUGCACUGGAAGUUUUGAUACAUUUUAGGAGCAGAUUUUGUAUCUAUACACUUGCGCGGGGGCAUCAGCUACAGCUAUUGAAGUUGAUCUUUACAACGUGCACUUUCUUGAGGUAAUUUCUUCACCUCAUCGUGCAACUGAUGGAGUGCGAGUGAGUCUGUAGAUAAUAGGUUUCGUGUACAAUAGUUUCUUUCAAUAGGGAUGUUAUGUCAAUUGAAAGAGGGGCAGAUUCUUUAAGAGGAAUUAACGAUGUGAGGCUUGUUUCUUUUACCUGUACAAAUUCAUUGCAUCAAGUUGAUGCAUAGUCAAAACAUAAUUUGUGAGAUUUCUCUGUGGGUUCAGACUCGGUUAU